UUGUACUUCUCUGAGACAGAUAGCCAAAAAAAACUGAAUGCCUUGAUCCAACCGAUCGAGGAUCGAAUCGAGUGAAAGAGGGGGGCAGGAGAUGGCCGUGGAUCUGUCGAGCGCUGUGGGCUGGUGGGAGGAGUGGCAGCUGCGGAUCCUCGUGCUGGGCAGCCUCUUCCUGCAGCUCGUCCUCUUCGCCGGCUCCAUGGUGCGCAACCUUCGCAUCCCGAUGUCCAGGUUGUGCAUUUGGCUCGCCUACCUCGGCGCCGAUGCCCUGGCCAUCUAUGCGCUCGCCACCCUCUUCAACCGCCACAAGCUGCCGCCUGGCGCUGGGGUGAGCAGCAGCGCCCUGGAGGUUCUGUGGGCGCCUGUCCUCCUCAUCCACCUCGGCGGCCAGCACACCAUUACGGCGUACAGCAUUGAGGACAACGAGCUGUGGAGGCGGCACAUCGUGACCGUGGUGUCCCAGGUCACGGUUGCCCUGUACGUCUUCUGCAAGUCUUGGCCCCGCGGCGGCGACAAGAGGUUGCUGCAGGCAGCGAUCUUGCUCUUCGUCGUCGGGAUUCUGAAGCUCAUCCGGAAGCCGUGGACACUCAAGAGCGCAAGUCUUGAAGGUGUGAUGACCUCUUCGGUUGUCUAUCCGGAAAGACGAGGAGCACAAGUAUCAAUAUGGGACAUCUGCAACGUCCUCUGCCUUAGAGGUAUAACAGCGAGUGAUUCUGCUGGCCAUGCAGCAGAGAUGAAGCAGGAGGAAGAACAUGAUUUAUCGCUAGAAGAUUAUGUUCAGAAAGCAAGGAAACUCAAACAGGUGACGGAGGAGCAAAAAGUCAAUACAUUUCAGGGCACCGAGAGACUAUUUGUGGACCUUUCAGCUCCAUAUUCUCGUCGGGUUCGCUGGCUAAACUCUUAUCUCCAGCUUCAUCACAAAAACGCGUACAAAAAUGUGACUGGCGAGCUCAGAUUAGCGUUUGUUUUGAUCUACACCAACUUUAAAUGGGUGCUCGGUUUGCCUGGUAUGCUUUUGCACCUGUUGCUUCCGUUCCUGGCCUUAGCUUCCAUUGUGCUCUUCGCCAAGAGACAUCACAAAGGUUAUCAUUACAAAGAGAGUGACGUCAAAGUAACUGCUGUAUUGUUCUGUUGUACAACGUUGCUGGAGUUUUUAUCCUUGUUCCUCAGUCCUUGUGUUGCAGGAGCUAUUAUUUCGUCCAACACGGUUGCCCAGCAUAACCUCAUGUCAUUCUACGCUCGCCGAAGCAGGCCCACCCACUUGAUGAAGUUUUCUGCUCUCAUGUGUUGCAGUGGCUACAUUAACAAGCAUUGGUACAUAGAGCAGGCACCUGAACCUGCAUGCAUAGAAAUCACACAGUUGGUUGCAAAACAUGUCAAAGAUGGGUGGAAGCAAUAAAUAGUUGAUGCUCCCAGUUACAAGAGAUUCAACAAUUUGAGGGGGCAGUGGACCCUGAGCAGGCACAAGUUACAUGGCCAGCAGCUGUGGUGGAGUCUACAGCAGGUGCCAUUCGACUGGAGCGUCAUCAUCUGGCACCUAGCUACUGAACUCUGCCUUCACCACCCAAGCACAUCAUCAGUUGUGCUUGAAUUAUCCAGUGCACGAUUCAGUAAGCUAAUAUCCAACUACAUGAUCUACUUGCUCUUCAUUCGUCCAGAGAUGCUUAUGCCCGGCACCAGGCAGAGUCUCUUCACAGCAACCUGCUACGAUAUCGGGCUCAUGCUCAAGCGUGGGAAUGAACCUCCGCCACAAGAUGCAAGAACGGUUGCUCAGCAGAUUCUUCGCACAUCACAAUCUCCGCCGACAGGGGAUAUUGGGAUCGUGGUUCCAGGAGCCUGCAAGGUUGCGGAAGAAUUGAUGGAGCUGCUGGAGGACAUGAGGUGGAAGGUGAUCCAAGGGCCAAGGCGUGUGGGUGGAGAUGCUCUGCUGCUCCGCCGGCAGCUGCAGGGGCUACCUGCACGCCAAGAGCAUGGGCGAAGGUGUGGAGUUCCUCAGCUUCGUCUGGCUGCUCUUGUCGCGCAUGGGGAUGGAGACCUUUGCCGACAAGUUCCAGAGGCCCGAGCCUGGCCAAGGCCAAGGAGGAGAAAUCGCGGCAGGCACGUCAGAUUCCAAGCCCCAAGACAUCGUCUAAGGGGAAAACUGUUCCCUUAUGUGUGUUCAAGCCUUAUUACAGGCGGUUAUUUUUCUCUUUUGAAUACUCAUCACUUCUUGUGAUUGUCUGUUUAGAUCGGCGUGCUUCGUUCCUUCUGCAUUGUAUGCUGCUGCUUUUCUUGUGCAGAUUGAUAUGUAAUAAGCUGGCCCAGCUUGACAGCAGGGCUCACGAGUUUGAGUGCACUCCUCUGAUCUGUUCAGUUGUCGGUUGGGCUUGUGAGCACAGGAUUAAUUAUAUACC